UCAACGCUAUGACAGCGUAAUACUCAUUGCUGAUAGCCAUAUCUCAGCCAUCAUGAAUCCACCAUCACUCAACUCUAAAUCUGCACAAUCAUGGCGAACAUUUAUUGAUCACCAAAAAUUGAAUAUUACAGCGUUAGAGUCACUUGAACUUGACAUCGAGGUAAAGGAUCUAUUAUUCAUGCAUCUCAUAGUUUCUAGGUUUGAUGCCAAUACUUUACGUGAUUGGGAGCGGUCAAACUCCGUUAAGGACAAGACUUCCUUAGACAACCUCUGGACCUUUAUGGAGCAACAGCACAAGGUUUCCCAAUAUGUCUCCUUUGGUCUCGGCAGUCAUGCGCAAUCUGCGCAACGACUGGUCAACAACCAGUCUGGCAAUGGUAAGCCUAGUCAUAAUUCAAUUAACAAUAAUUCUCGUCCCAGCACGUCCUCAACUUUUGUCAAGUAUUCUGGAUGCUUGUUUUGCAAUGACACCAAUCAUAAUGUCUUUCGUUGCAAUACAUUUCUCAAUAUGGCGCCUACAGCUCGUCUAAACGCUGUACAGCAAAAGAAUCUCUGUAGAAACUGUCUUCGACCUUUCAGUAAGGAUCACCAAUGUUUUGGUGCUUGCAGAGAUUGUGGCAAGGCCCAUCACUCAUUAUUGCAUUUCAAUAAUAGUAAAUCUUCCCCAACUGUAGGGAAAAAUACUUCUUCAAAUAAUGCUCACACUCGUAAACCAAAUCGUCAGCAGGCUUCUAAGUCCUCAUCGAAUUGUUGUUGUUCUGAGUCAAAGCAGUCUGACAUACCUAGCCCAGCUGUGUUCACACCUAGCUUGACUCAUCCAGUCAGUCAAGCAUCAUCAAUUUCAGUGUCUGACACUUCGAGUGUCACAACUGUUGUCACUCCGACCUCGUCGACAAGUUCACAAGCCAUCAGCAAUUCAAACUGUGCGCAUUCAAACUCACCUAGCUUGUUACAACGAGUUAACAUCAUGCCCACAGCGCAAUUGCAUAUUUUGAGUAAAAAUAAUCAAGUUAUUUCAUGUCGCGCACUGCUUGAUACCGGUAGUGAUGCUUGCUUCAUUUCCAAGGCUCUUGCUUCUCAAUUGGACCUUGACUCUGUGUAUUCUAAUAAUACCAUUCACACUGUGUCUGGUACCAGUUCAGCACCUGUGUGUACUGCUGCUGUUCUCAUACAUUCUCCUGACCGAACGUGGUCGAAGGAAGUCAGUUGCAUAUUAACUGAGAAAAUUACCCCUAGCAUUCCUCCAUUUGGGCUCAACUUACAAAACUUCAAUAUUCCACCCAAUGUUAAGUUAGCUGACCCUGAAUUUCAUGUUUCUAAGGGAGUCGACCUGCUUCUCAGUGUUGCUAUCUAUUCUUCUAUCCAAGCUUGUGGUCAAAUUCAGUUAGCUGAUGAAUGCACUCUUCAAAAUACCAAACUGGGUUGGGUUGUUUGGGGAGCUAUCACGCCUAACAUUCUCAAUUCAUGCGAGCAACCCGUUAGCUCAAAUUGUGUGUCAACUCAUGACAUUUCCAGACAAUUAGAGAAGUUUUGGAAAAUUGAGGAAGUCCUUCCCAAAGAUAGCGUAACUAAGGAGCAGCAUCAAAUUGAAAAACACUAUCUUGAUAAUGUACAACGUGGACAAGACGGCCGCUUCUCGGUUGCACUACCUAAAAAAGAUAAUGCCACUACCUUCGUAGGCGCUAACAAUGAAUUGAAAGAACUCUGCAAUUUCUUUGCGAAUGAACGAUCACAGUCUGAAAUUCAAAAUUUUGCGACAUUGUUUAACAUUUCAUGGCGUUUUAUCCCUCCACGAGCACCUCACUUCGGUGGAUUGUGGGAGAAUGCGAUAAAAAACUUCAAGCGUAUUUUCAAAACUAUUUCAUUCAACAAAAUAUUGGACUAUGAAGAUGCAACAACGUUCUCUGCUCAAGUGGAAGCGAUUUUGAAUUCCAGGCCUCUUAUCCCUCUUUCUGAGGACCCUGAAGACCUGCAAUAUAUUUCUCCCGGACAUUUUCUUAUUGGAAGGCCCAUUACUGCACUUCCAUUUCCGCUACCUGAGACAACUCAUAUAGAUCAUCGUUCACGCUGAAAAAAUCUUGCUCUAGCUACGAAAGAGCUCUGGAAAAAAUGGUCAAUGGAAUAUCUCGUUACCCUACAAACUAAAGCAAAAUGGACUGAGGAAUCUGAAAAUCUCAAGGUGGACACCAUCGUAUUACUCAAAGAUCCUGGCACUGUUCCUUCUACAUGGCGUUUAGCACGCAUUGUUGAACUACACCCUGGAAAGGACCAGAAGGUGCGCGUUGUUACGGUACUUACGGAAACUGGACUUUUCAAGCGUGCUAUCUCUAGCAUCGCUCCUCUGCCUCAAGAAGAAGAAUUAGAUUAGGUUAGUUAUCACUUAUGUCUUAUUUGCAUAUUCUCAAUUAUAUUUUUCUUUU